CACUCCCCAAAGCACUUCAUUCUCCGACCACCAACCGCGACGACUCUCAACGCGGAUUCAAGCACACUACGCCAUCUUCUAUCGAAGCCUUUUUGCAUCUCGAAACACUGUUCUAUCCGUACGCGUAUCUAUCAUGACGGCGAGAUCGGAACCAUGGAGAGCCCGCAAUUCAAGCUCGGUGCGGGGCUUUGCUCUUCCAGCCGGCAGCUUGGACAUCAUCAAUACCUAACUUGCCAGCACUACGGAUUCGACAUAGCGGGCGGGACAGGCACCUAUUCACUUGCCUCAUGGUGAAACAUGGCUGGGAAAGAAUGAUAAUGGCCGACAUUUGAUACUCCGAUUUGAUUCAACUCUGUUUAAGCGCUUAUCAUGUCGGAUUCCGCUCGACCCUACCCUCCAUCCCCCACCCAGUCUGCGACCUCCGACCAGCAGCUUCUGCAUCAUUACACAACACACCAGCAAGCCAGCGCCCUUCCUGGAUCCUCGCCUUGCCGUAGGCCGAGCAGCUACACCAUUUUCGUCCAAGGUGGUUGUAUGUGACAAUCGAAGCAGGGGGAUGACCUGGCCACAAAUUGAAGUGGGCUGGAUGACGCCAAAAGUGACCUACAAUCACUGCUUUGGUCCCCACGGUUGAUACACUUCAUGGCCAACAGUAUUUGUGGCUGCUUGCACCGCGUCCUUUUUACAGCACAUGAACUACCUACAACACCACGCCACUCCAACGACCUUCUGCGAAGAGCUGGAAUAUCUGCUUGACAAUUGCCCCACGGUCUUGCGAGUAUUUGCAGUUUGCCUCGUGGUCCAAUCCACGUCAUCCAUCCCAAGGGUUUUCUGUUUUUAUUCAGGCAUUGUGCCAGGCACAUGAGACUCUCUUGGUUGUACUCCGUAUGAACAGGAGGAUGUCGUCUCGGAACUCCCGGGCGCGAUGCCAUGACACCCCGACUUUUCUGAUGUUCAACUUUUGCAUUCCUUCCGCAGAUGUUGCUACCGUACGUUUGGCGUAUGGCACAGCACCGACUUGCAAAAGUUACGCCAGGAACAGAGUCCCAUACACUAACAGCUUCAGAGAAGCCCAGAAUUGGUCCAUCACUAUGAUGGUGGAGGUCAAGGGGGGAAAACCGACUUGUGUGGGAGCACGGUGGAAAUCGUAAAGCAAAUCUAUCUUGCCGUAUAUAGUUUAGGUGGUCUUGCAGCUUGAUGAACAAGUGUUAGCAACAGCCUCAGCAUUUAGAUGCUGCCUGGGGCUGUUUUUCAAGCUGGGGCCAGGGUCGGUGGGCAGGGAUGACAGGUUCUGAGCGGGCUCAAGAAGAGCCUCGAUGCCUUCUUUGUAAAUGCCCAUUCUGGUGGUGCUGAACACAACGCUUGACAGGAAGAGCUCGCCUGGUCUGGCGAUGAUCCUCUUCGAAGGCAAGAGGAGUCGCAGGGAGUAUUUGGGGUCCAACUCCUGGUGUCUGGGAGGACGGGCCCGAUGACACGGACAGCGAUCUGAUCUCUCAGUUUUGGAGAACUUCCACGAUGGUGGAGGAGGUCCAUGGCGAGAGCUGCCCCUCACCUCAACCUCGAACGCAACCGCACAAGUCCUUGGGCAUUUCAAUUCAACACCGAACAGGAGCUCGAGGUUGUUGCAAUUUCUAACGCAUCGCCAUUCAGCCACCACCCAGGUCGAUCCUAGCCCAAACUAACAGCAAUUUGCAAAAAGGCACGCUGCAUCUUAUCAGCUGCAGGCUCUCGGCAGAUACGGACUUGCUUCCAGGUUAUCAGCAUCUGAGGUUGUUCUGCCAGAGUCGCCGAGUUUGGACAAGGCGAGGCUGUGGUUUCUUUGAUGGGAUUGGCUGGGAGCGCACACAGCCAGGCAGAGGACGGACGGGACAGACGUUUUUCAGAUUUGCAAUUGCUCUCUCUGCUCUCCCAGGUCGCUGUCGGUGCUGUGUCUACAGCGGACCUGUAGGCGCUGGCUGGGCUGACAGCUCCGGCCCACAGCGACAACCCCUGUCUCUCGGCUAUGGAAAGGCCGCCUUGACCAACUGAAGUCACCCCAACUAACCCAAAGUCAAAUAUCGAAUCCCGUCUCGUGCUGCGAUGGACCACCAGCACCAGCACCAGCACAAGCACCAGCAGUCCUCAGCACAGCGUCGGCGUCGAAACUUUGGUCCCCCGCCCAAUGGCAGCCACCGUCCUCUCGAACGCCAACAAAUCCACCCUCGGGUUGAGCAUGAUCUCGGCAUGACUACUUCACGCAGACCGUCCGAAUCCGCCGCCGCCGCUGCCGUGAAUCGGUCCUCUGCACCUGCUCGCGAACGAGAUAGAGAAAGAGAGCGAGACAGGAAACAGCAACACCAGCAACACCAGCACCAGCACCGCCAUCCUCCCUCACCAUUGCCGAAUCCGAACCUUCCACCACCACCACCGCCGCCGCCACCUCCCCCUCCCCGAGGCCGUUCCCCGCAGUCAUCAAAGUCUGAAUAUCCCCAUCGCCGUCGCGACCGGAGCCGCAGCACCGAUUACCGCCCCAGUCGUUCCUCUCGCCCAUCUCAGCGUUCGCCCCAUAGUCGUCGAGACCGUUCCCGCGAGCGUGACCGUGAUCGUGGCCGUGACCGCGAACCAGCCCGCUCCCGCGAUCGCCAUCCACCGGCGGACCGCCACCGUUCACGGGAAAGGUCUUCCAGGUCUAGGAAAGACGCUCGCGAUCGUCAGGGUUCUCGCUCUCGCCGGCGUGCAUCGCGUUCCCCAGCAUCCGUGAAGCGUCCGCGCAGCCCCAGUCCAUCAUCCAUUGGAGGGUCGCAGCCGAAGAAGUCUCGGCGGGACCGUAGUCCAGGAAGGGCAGAGAAGGACGCGCCGAAAUCUCUGCCACCAAAGCCCCCACGUCGUGAUCCGUCACCAGCAUCCCGUGCCCGUCGUUCAAGGUCUCCGGAAGGCCGUGACCAUCGGCGGCCAAAGACUAGCAAACGGGCAGGACGGUCAAGGUCACCGAGUGCGUCUCGCCGGCGGAGAUCCCGGUCUCGUGGAGCGGAAACUGCUGCGUCCCAAUCAACACGUCGACGUAGCAGGUCCCGUCAGCGAUCUCCCCGUGCAGAGCACCGACGUCGGUCGGGAUCCGGAUCGCGCCCUCGUAGUCCAGCUGCGCGGGGUGCUAGGAGGCCCCCUUCUGUUGAUACUGGGUCGCACCGCAAGCCCAGCUUCGAUCUGAACUCUACUCGGACGCCACACGGAGCCUUACUUCCCGGUUCUCCGCGUGAUUCGAGAGCAGCUAACCCUACUAAAAGCGAAGCCCCCACCGACGAGUCUAACAAGACCUCUGGCAAGUUUGAUCCAUCGUCUGGUUCCAACAGCAUCGAGGUCAGCAUGGGAACAAGGGGCAAUUACCGCGGCGGUUUCAAUCCCCAACAACAUAACUAUCCUCCCCGCGGUGGCUACGGCCAGUCUUCGGGGCAAGGGACACCUGCAUCAUCCUUUCACGGUUCUCCGCCAGCACAGUCACCGUAUGCUGGAAGCGGACGAGGAUGGAAUGGUGCACAGCAGUUUUCACCGCCAGGGUCAGUCCGGCGCCCCAAGAAUGCAGUGCUCGCUAACUCACACGGCAACAGCCAAUAUUCCCAGCCAUAUCCACACAACAAUUAUGGGCCGCCUACCGGUCCUCAGAAUCAUUAUCAUUCCAAUCAGACACAGACUCCGCCAUACGCACCCACAGGCCCAGCAUCUCAGUAUCCUGCGGGCUCAUAUCGUGGUGGGCACAGAGGCGGACCUGGGGGGUUCCGGAGUGGUGCAUUCGGUGGUGGCCGUGGGGCACCGCGCGGUGGCUUCAAGAGUGCAUGGAACUCAUCCCACCCCGAUGGACGGACCUCGGAUCCAUCCCACACCAGCAAUCAUCAGUCUCCAGAGGCUCAUGACAAGUCAGAGGCGAAAGAUGUGUUGAUGCAGGAUGCUGAUAACCCCUUCAGGCCAUCUAAAGAAUUGCAGGUUGAAGACGCAAGCAAGGAGGACAAGUCGAAAGAUGACAAGAUGGCUCCUCCGACAAGCCGUGCUCCGCCGACUGGGCCCCAGUCCCAGACACCCAACAAGUUCAGCUUCAGCAUGAAGACUGCGUCAAAGCCGGUCGUGGCGGUUCCACGGCCCGAGAUAUCGAUCAAGUUUAACGCUCCUGCUGCCCCACGAGAGCCCACUGCUGCUUCCAAUCCUCUUCAGAGAGCACCCCCUACGAAGCCCGAGCGAGACAGAGAGCGAGAACGGGAUAGAGAUAGGGAUAGGGACAGGGAGAGGGAUCGAGAUCGAGAUAGGGAUAGGGACCGAGAUAGGGACAGGGACCGAGAUAGGGAUCGGGAUAGAGAUAGGGACAGAUCCGGAUAUCCCAGAAAUGCUCCCACUGAGCCUGCCUCGGCCCGCUCUCGUCCGAACGACCACCGCAGACCUCACGACCUGCCUAGCAGGCAACCAGAUCCCACGCCCAAGACACGCAAAGUGAAGAAGAUGAUGAAGCGUCUCAAGGAGAAGCCAAAGCUCCCAGAAGAUCUGGCGCGGUCCAAGUCGGUGUUCUUCCGCAGACCAGGCAACGAGUCGGUGGUCGGGUCGGGCACAUACGGCAAGGUGUUUAAAGGGGUAAACGUCUACACCAAGAAGCUCGUGGCGCUCAAGCGGAUCCGUAUGGAGGGUGAACGCGACGGUUUUCCCGUCACGGCAGUGCGAGAAAUCAAACUUCUCCGCUCGCUCAAGCACACCAAUGUGGUUGAGCUGCAAGAAGUCAUGGUCGAGUCGAACGAGUGCUUCAUGGUGUUUGAGUACCUCUCGCACGACCUGACGGGUCUGCUGAACCACCCCAACUACACCCUGGAGCCGGCUCACAAGAAGCAUCUGGCCAGACAGCUGUUUGAGGGGUUGGAUUACCUGCACACGAGGGGGGUCCUGCACAGGGACAUCAAAGCGGCGAACAUCUUGGUUUCUAACGAGGGCGUCUUGAAGCUGGCCGACUUUGGACUGGCGCGGUUCUAUGCCAAGCACCACCAGCUUGACUACACCAACCGUGUCAUCACCAUUUGGUACCGGUCCCCGGAGCUGUUGCUGGGGGAGACGCAGUAUGGUCCCGCGGUGGAUAUCUGGUCUGCGGCGUGCGUGCUGGUGGAGAUUUUUACCAAGAGGGCGAUUUUUCCUGGGGAUGGGAGCGAGAUUAAUCAGCUGGACAAGAUACACUCUGUACUGGGGACGCCGACGAGGUCGGAGUGGCCGGAUAUUGUGGAGAUGCCGUGGUUUGAGCUACUGAGGCCGACGGUGAGGAUGGCGAGCCAGUUUGAGGAGAGGUAUAAGGGGGUUGUGACGCCGAUGGCGUAUGAGCUGUUGAGGAGCAUGUUUAGGUAUGAUCCGAAAAAGAGGCCGAGCGCGGGGGAGGUGUUGAGGCAUGGGUAUUUUACUGAGGAGGAGCCAGAGGCUAGGCAGGCGGUUGAGCUGAGAGAUGUCCAGGGUGAUUGGCAUGAAUUCGAGAGCAAGGCGUUGAGGAGGGAGAAGGAGAAGAAGGAACGGGAGGAGAAGGAUCGGAAGGAGAGGGAGAAGAAGGGGGUUGCCACGGCCAAGGGGGAAAAGGAAAAGGGGGAGAGGAAGAGGCCGAUUGAGGGAGGUGGGGAUGCUGCGCAGAGGGAGGCGAAGAGGCCGCAUGUGGAGGGGGGUUCGGGGUCGGGGUCGGGGUCAAAAGCGAGAUGAGCAAGCGGUUAAUGCGUAGAGGACGUCAUGGUGUACGACUACUACAUAAAAGUCAAAAUUGGGUGAAAUAAAGGGAUAUACAAUCACGGCUGGGAAGGGAUGGGGGGUAGCGGGUUGGGUUUUGUAUGUGAGUUGCAUUAUUGUUAUGGGUUUAUGUGGUCAAGACCAAGCGGAAAGGAUGGGGUAUGGGGAGAUGAGAAAAAGAGAAAUGAGAUCUUUGUUGAUAGAAAUCACAAUGGAUUCAAGCAAUGAUUGGUGAUGG